AUGGUUCACAGCAGCUCUUCUUCCCUGUUGAAAACGGCACCAUCUGCUUCACCUCACCAAGCAGAGUUGACUUCCAGCUCAGAUUCCACGCUGGUUACUACUCUGACUCCUGCUGAUGUAAAAUCUCCUGUUGUAACCACAAUAAAAGCAUCAAGCACAAAGUCGAGCCCAACGUCCAUCGGGCCAUCUCCACAGACAACAGCUCUUGCUCAGAGCCUGUUCAAUGGUCGUACAUCAGGCAGGAAAAGGACUCCUAAGGCUUGUGACUGUUGUGGCCCCAACAGUUUAGGACACAAUGCUGCAACCUCGAGCAGAGGGAAGGGGACGCCAGUAGGGAGGGGAAGAGGGAGAGGAAGAGGAGCUGGCAAAGACUUUGGUGACACCCCUAAAAGAAAAGUUGGACAGUUGACAGUCCUCAAGAACUUUAAUUUGAACAAGAAGAAAGUACAGGAAACAGAAGAUGGAGAUGAUGCACAGGAGAAGUUGCAAAUGCCUCUGCAACUGUCUAACACACCGUCACAAACGCCUGUUCAUACAACUGUCCAAGCCACCCCAAAAGAUGGACCAAUACAAAACUGUACUGCUCCAAAGAAAAGGGUUGUGCAGAUAGAGGAGGAUGUGUUGAUGCCAGCUUCAGGGUUCGCUGGUGUGUUAGAGAAAGUACGUGGUGAUGAAAAGGAUGUAGACUCAAAACUGUUAGGACAGGAAUACAGGGGAACAGUAGCAGUUAGAGGUCAAGGACAAGGGAAAGCCAUGACUGUGUCAAAAAUUGAAGGUCAUAUUCCAAUAAAAAGCCGAGGUAAAGGUCAUGGGAUGAGUUCAAGAACAGGUGCCUUAGCUCAGUCUGUGUUAAUGCAAAAACAAGAUUCACAGAUGGACCAAAAUGACACUGACCCUGUUAUAUCUCAGUUUGGAAAUGGAAACAUGGUAAACUUAUUGGACAUGGACGGGGAAAUGGAGGACCACAGCAUAAUUGUGUGUGAACCUGCAGUAUCCUGCAUCGAAGACCUUGACUAUAAAAUGCAGGUGGACCAUGACUCUGACCAAGCAGACCAAGUGUCUUUAUCAUUAAUGCUGCCCAAUGGAAACAUGUCACCAACAGACUGUGACCCUACAUAUUUACCUGUGAAGGAUAACACAUGUAACACAGCCACGGUUCCUCCUCCUGACCCAAUAACUGUGAGCAGCACCGAGUACCUUUGGGCAUUAAGUGACCACAAACUAUACUGUCAGACUGGAACCUGGGCAAAAGAUGAGACAGGAGAAAUGUUAAAUAAAAAUCAGGCUGAAGAAGGAGAUAUGGAUACGGAUCUACAGAGUAAGGAACGCCUGGAGCAGCUUAUUGACACUGUCCAUGACUUUUUAGAGAGCUCCUAUUUAAAAUAUGGCAGCUUCACUCCUCUCAGUGAGUCUGACGUCCUGGAACAUCUGAAAAAGAACGGAAACCCUGACAUCAACAGCAGUGGACUGGACGUUAAAGGAGAAAUGACUCGGUACAUAGCGGCGUUGGCGUCUGCUCCUGUUGUGGGCUUCAUGGUCACAAAUAAUAAACACACACUGAGUCUGGAGGACCUCAGCACGCUGGAGGAUCAGAACUGGCUCAAUGAUCAGAUUAUUAACAUGUAUGGGGAAAUCAUUAUGGAGGCAACAGAGCACAAGGUUCAUUUUUUCAACAGUUUUUUCUACAAGCAGUUGGUCGCCAAAGGUUAUGAUGGUGUGAAGAGAUGGACUAAAAAGGUUGACUUGUUCUCCAAAUGGUUGUUGUUAAUUCCCAUCCACUUAGAAAUCCACUGGUCUCUUGUCACGGUCACCAUGGCAACCAAAACCAUCAGCUACUAUGACAGCCAAGGCAUCGUUUUCAGACACACAACCGAUAACAUUAUGAAGUAUCUUCAGUCAGAAGCCAGAGAGAAAAAGCAGACAGCUUUCCAGAAAGGCUGGAAGAUUACCAUCAUCAAGAGUAUCCCACAGCAGAAAAAUGACAGCGACUGUGGAGUUUUUGUUCUCGAGUACUGCCGUUGUCUGUCGGUGAAGCAGCCUCUGCGGUUCAGCCAGGACGACAUGCCGCGCAUUCGAAAGAGGAUCUACAAGGAGCUCUGUGACUGUUGCCUGAGCGACUAA